CUCCCCUAGCGAUUGUUUGAUUUCAUUGAAGAAACUCCACAGUAUAAUCUGUUAAUGGUUCAGUUCAUGUCGUCUUCGGAGAACAACAAUGUCUGGCAAUUGCCGGAGCCGGAAGCGAAAUUGUUCGCCGGAGAAGAGAAUUCGAUGUGCUUUCAACAGAUUGCUGAUGACGGACCGCUUCCUAAACGGUGGAAAUCAUCAUCAUCAUCAUCAUCUUUUCAAACAGCUACUCAGCAAUUGAAGCUUAACAACAGCGGGCCUCUAACCCCACAAUAUCAGUACAAUCCACUCAGUGAACCGAGUCCCUUGGGUUUGCGGUUAAGGAAGAGUCCAUCGUUGUUGGAGCUAGCUCAAAAGAGGCUCAACCAAUGCAAUACUGAUAAGGGUGAUUUGCCUGCUGAAGAUUUUGAAGCAGAAAUCAAUAGAGAUUUAAGGGCAAGGUCAAGGACCAGGGCCUCAGCUUCCGCUGAUAAGUUAAAGGCUUCUCAUUUUCCAGCUUUACUUUUAAGAAUUGGGCAAUGGGAGUAUGUGUCAAAAAAUGAAGGAGAUUUAGUGGCAAAAUGUUACUUUUCAAAGCAUAAGAUCGUAUGGGAGAUUCUUGAUGGUGGACUAAAGAAAAAGUUCGAAAUCAAUUGGGCAGAUAUCAUGGCUUUGAAGGCAAACACUGCAGCUGAUGGGCUUGGAACUUUGACUAUUGUGCUUGAUAAACAACCACUCUUCUUCAAAGAAAUCAACCCGCAGCCUAGAAAACACACGCAGUGGCGGGCAAGUUCAGAUUUUACGGAUGGAGAAGCGAGCACACAUAGGCAACAUUUACUACAAUGUGCACAAGGUGUGCUAGAAAAGCACUAUGAAAAGCUGAUCAAUUGCGAUACACGACUCCAGUUUCUGAGCCAACAGCAAGAUAUAUUUUUGGAAUUUCCAUAUUUUGCACCAAAACCUUCCAUUACGAAUCAAGACAUAUCAGGGCAUAGUAUCCUUAACCUACCAGAUAUGUAUGGUAUCGCAAAUAUGACUUUAGCAUCUACUUUACAGACUUGUUCGUUGACACCUCUGGAAUCGAGUUCUCUUGGUUUGAUCGAUCAAGAUUUGUCCAAAGCAGCUCACCCUUCCAGUUCAGUCAUGCCUACAGAUCCUGAGGGGCAAAAAGACAUGGAACAGAUGACGAUACCCCAGCUCCCGGCAACCAUUUCAGUAUCUGAUCUUGUAAACGGUCUUUCUGAGCAACAACCCUUCCGGAAUCAACCAUUUUCCGACAAUCAUGUCUCAGGACAGGAAACCCCGAAAGAUAUGUUAGCAAACAUUUCGCAGAUUCUGCUUAGUGACAACCAUUUGACAGCAGCAGCUUCAGAUGAGAAAACUCUCAUGUCAAGAGUCAAUUCCCUCUGCUGUCUUAUUCAGGAUUAUCAAAAAGACGGAAAUGACUGUUCUACCCUUGAUCCUAAUCUAAUUUCUGGAUCUGGGACUCAAGAAGAUGGUACUAUUGGUCAGUCAUCAAAGCUUCCUCAGGAUCAUCGGAAUGGUCAGCAAGAUAGAAAUGACAGUUCUACCCUUGAUACUAAUCUAAUGCAUGCUGGAAAUAUGACUGAAGAUGGUACUGUUGGUCUGUCAACAAUGCUUCCUGAGGAUCAUCCAAAUGGUCAGCAAGAUGGAAAUGACAAUUCUAACCCUGAGUCCUAUCCACAAGACGAAAACGUUUCUGGAUCGGGUAUGUCAAGAAAGGAUUCGUUUGCUGAAUUGGUGCAUCAGCUUCCGCGCAUAGCGUCUCUCCCUCGGUUCUUGUUCGACAUCUCGGAGAACGGCGAGAUAUUGAAGUGACGGUGGUGUCGUUUGAUAGGGGUUUGGAAGUGUUCAUAUGACGGUAUCGAGCAUUCAUGAAAAAUCCCGAGAGCGUUGUGGUAGAAAUGAAGCUGUGUUAUUUUCUUAUAUAGGUGAGUUGUUUUAGCA